AUGGAGAAAAAGCAAGGUUUUUUCUCGGCGUUAAAGGAGGAGGUUGUGAGGGGGUUAUCGCCGGGGAGGUCGCAGGCUAAGAGUACGAGUCGGAGUGUGUCUCCGAUAACGAGUCUUCUCCGGAGGAAGAAGAGUGGAGGUAACAGUAAUUAUGUUGAAACGGUGAUAGCGAGAUCGGGGAGCCUGAGGCCAGUGGGGGAGACGCUAACGCCGUUGAUGGAGGGUCCGGAUCCAGACGGCGGAGAAAUCGGGGAUUCGAAGCGGCUCGGGUCGGGGCUCGGGCAGUGGGUUCGCGGGCAGUUAACCCGGAACCCCUCGGUUCCAGGAGGGGCGGCGGGUUCCAAUGGGAGUGGGUACAACAAGAGUUCUGAUAUGAGGCUAUUGCUUGGGGUCUUGGGUGCCCCCCUCGCCCCGGUGCACGUUAGCACUACUGACCCAUUGCCUCAUCUGAGCAUCAAAGACACUCCAAUUGAAAAUUCUUCCGCCCAGUACAUAUUGCAACAGUAUACGGCUGCGUCAGGAGGGCAAAAGCUCCAGAAUUCGAUUAAGAAUGCUUAUGCCAUGGGAAAAUUGAAGAUGGUAGCUUCGGAGUUUGAAACUGCAACGAAGGUAGUGAAGAACAGGAAUGUGGCUAGAGCUGCGGAGUCUGGUGGGUUUGUUCUCUGGCAGAUGAAUCCUGACAUGUGGUAUGUGGAGCUUGCAGUUGGGGGUAGCAAAGUUCAUGCUGGCUGUAAUGGCAAACUCGUCUGGAGGCACACUCCCUGGCUUGGCGCUCACACUGCAAAGGGGCCGGUUAGGCCUUUGCGCCGCGCUCUUCAGGGUCUUGAUCCAAGAACCACUGCUAGCAUGUUUGCCAACGCCAUAUGCAUUGGGGAGAAGAAGAUCAAUGGUGAUGACUGCUUCAUUCUGAAGCUGUCUGCCGACCCACAAACAUUGGGAUCCAGGAGUGAGGGACCAGCAGAGAUAAUUAGGCAUGUUUUGUUUGGCUACUUCAGCCAGAAGACGGGCCUUCUUGUUCACAUGGAGGAUUCACAUCUCACCCGCAUCCAAUCUAAUGGAGGCGAUGCAGUAUACUGGGAGACGACCAUCAAUUCUUACUUAGAUGAUUACCGUCCUGUGGAAGGAAUCAUGAUUGCCCACUCUGGUCGGUCUGUUGUUACACUUUUCCGGUUUGGAGAGAUGGCAAUGAGCCAUACGAAAACAAGGAUGGAAGAAGCUUGGACAAUUGAAGAGGUCGCAUUCAACAUUCCUGGCCUAUCAAUGGACUGUUUUAUUCCACCAGCCGACUUGAGGUCGGGUUCCAUCAGUGAAGCAUGUGAACUCCCUCGGGAUGAAAGGGGAAAGUCAGCAAUUGCCCUUGCAGCAUCCCGAGCUAAGGUUGCAGCUUUGGAAGGAACUCACAAUGAGAGCAUUGAUAGUGUCAUUUGGAAGGUGGAAGUCUAA